CUUCAUAACCCAACUCCUUUCACGCGCUGCGCAGAUGGCCAAAGUGUCCAAGCCGGACAGUGAAUCUGCCCAGACCGCCGCAUGAUGACCAGAUAAGACUUCCAGCUUUCCUCCUCGGCGUUUCUUUUGACCAACUGUAAAGUGUGAGUCAAAGUAGUCCAGACGCCCUCCGUGGCACGACACUUCGCUACAUGUGACCGUCCACAGGUCUCCCCGUGCGCGCCCCACGCCUGCGCUGGUGAUGCCAUGCCGCGAAGUCACACCGGCGACGAGAGCGGCGGCACCGGACUUUGGCUGAAGACCUCGGCGGUGCGUCGGGGACAGGACUACCCGCUGAAGGAUGUGGAGUCUGGACGGAGGACCAUGAACAACGCGGUGCGGGUCGGGGACGGGCUCCUGUCUCCCGGCGCGGCAGGUGCGCCGGGCGCGGAGAGGAAGCAGGGCGCCCGGCUCAGCCUGCUCGGGAAGCCGCUCACCUACAGCGCGCAGAGCGGCCGCAGGAACGCGCGGUACCGGCGCCUCCAGAAUUACCUCUACAACGUAUUGGAGAGACCCCGAGAGUGGGCUUUCGUCUACCACGCAUUUGUGUUCAUCCUGGUGUUUGGAUGUCUGGUUCUCUCUGUGUUUUCCACCAUCCCCGCUCACCAGGAAUUCUCCUCGCACUGCCUGCUCAUUCUGGAGUUUGUGAUGAUUGUGGUCUUCGGCCUGGAGUACAUCAUCAGGAUAUGGAGUGCCGGCUGCUGCUGCCGCUACCGCGGCUGGCAGGGUCGCCUCCGCUUCGCCCGGAAGCCCUUCUGUGUCAUCGACAUCAUCGUACUUAUCGCCUCGGUUGCCGUGGUUUCAGCCGGUAGCCAGGGUAACAUCUUCGCCACCUCUGCGCUGCGCAGCCUUCGCUUCCUUCAGAUCCUGCGCAUGGUGCGCAUGGACCGCAGGGGGGGCACCUGGAAGCUGCUGGGAUCUGUAGUUUACGCGCACAGUAAGGAGUUGGUAACCGCCUGGUAUAUUGGAUUCCUGGUCCUGAUCUUCUCCUCCUUCUUGGUCUAUCUGGUGGAGAAAGAAUUCAAUAAGGAGUUUGCCACGUAUGCCGAUGCUCUGUGGUGGGGCACGAUCACCCUUACGACCAUUGGCUAUGGUGACAAGACGCCUCAGACCUGGACCGGACGGUUGCUGUCAGCCGGCUUCGCCUUGCUGGGGAUCUCCUUCUUCGCUCUGCCAGCCGGCAUCCUGGGGUCAGGCUUCGCCCUCAAGGUGCAGGAGCAGCAUCGACAGAAGCACUUUGAAAAAAGAAGGAACCCAGCUGCCAGCCUCAUCCAGUGUGUCUGGCGUAGUUAUGCUGCUGAUGAGAACUCGGUUUCCAUUGCUACCUGGAAGCCUCAUUUGAAGGCGUUGCAUACCUGCAGCCCCGCCAAGAAAGAGCAGGGCGAGACCUCAUACAGUCAGAAGCUGAGUUUUAAGGAGCGGGUCCGGAUGGCGAGCCCCCGCGGCCAGAGCAUGAAGAGCCGGCAGACCUCCGUGAACGAGCGCCAGCGCUGCUCCCCGGGGAACGAGGUGGUGGGCAGCGCCGAGCUGAUGGGCGGCAGCCCCGCCAAGGUGCAGAAGAGCUGGAGCUUCAACGACCGGACGCGCUUCAGGCCGUCGCUGAGGCUGAAGAGCCAGUCUCGCACGGCUGUCCCGGACGUGGACACGGGCAUGACCACCGAGGAUUCCUUCGAUGAGCGAGGCUGCCAUUGCGACGUUACGGUGGAGGACCUGUCAGCUGCGCUCAAGGCCGUCAUCAGAGCCGUCCGGAUCAUGAAGUUCCACGUUGCGAAGAAGAAGUUCAAGGAGACGUUGCGGCCGUACGACGUGAAGGACGUGAUUGAGCAGUACUCCGCAGGACACCUAGACAUGCUCUGCCGCAUUAAGAGCCUUCAGACCAGACUAGACACUGUAGUGGGUCCCCCUCCAAGGCCUUUCAGCAAUCGUGUCAAGACCUUUUCCGCUCCCUCUCUGCAUUUAUAUUACAGCCAGGCCCGGAGGAAGCACUCUGCACCGGGACUGGCCAGUGCAGCGGGCUCUGGUCCCAGCCUAAGUAACCGAUCCAGGAACAUGUCCACUCCUGCGCUGCACUAUUAUUACACCAACAACAGGAAGAAGCUCUCUGAUUCAGGGGUGGAUCAGAUUCUGGGAAAAGGCCAAAUUCCUGUGGAUAAGAAACCGAGGGAUAAACUUCACCCUGAUGGAGAAUCCAUGGAGGGCAUGAGCAUGCUGGGACGUGUGUGUAAGGUGGAGCGCCAGGUCACGUCUAUUGAGUCAAAAUUGGACUCUUUGCUGGAUGUGUACCGCCAGGUCCUACAGAAAGGCUCGUCAGCGCUCACCCUCUCCUCCCUGCCUCUGUUUGAGCUGGAGAACCACCAGCACCGCGGCUCGGACUACUCAUCUUCCAUCCUCGGCAGAGAUCUCCCCUCCCCCCAGGGAGGGGACCCUGUCGGCAGGGCAGGAGACGGUGGCGGCAUGCACCGUUCCCACGGCGCCAACCCGAGGGGCCUCCGCCUGAUCCUGGCACCUGCAGAUGAUGACGGUCCUCCAGACUCGGCGCCUCCUUCCUACCCGCCCUCUACAGCCUCGCUCUCCCCCUCCCCCCUCCUGCCGCCUGACAGCCCCUAUCCAACUCUGGUCACCCCCAACGGUACCUCCAAGAGAGCACACUUCCCUGACCUGCCACCCCCGCCUCCUUCGACGGGGAGUUUUACUCUUCAGCUUCCCCCGAUGGUGCACCCCUCCCACCUCCGAUGCCCUGCUGAUCCCAUCCCAGAUGAACUUGUGGGAGAGGAGGGGAACCUGGGCCCCUCUGUUGUUGUGGGAUGUGGCCUGGAAGACGAGCGGGAGGGGGACAGCGAGGCCUGCUCUGUCCAGGAGAGAGCGCCGCUGCGGGGGGCGCCUGGCUUGAAAUCCGAGGGGGUCUGGAGGAGGCACAUGAGCCUGGAGGUCAACCCUUUGCUGCUCCUGUCAUCCAGUCCAGAAGGGAUGCCCUCGGACUGGGACGGCAGCCUCGGGAAGUCCCUGUCCGUGCACAGUCUCAGCCAGCCGCCGGCCAGCUCGGCCCCGGGUCUCUCCUCUGCACUCAGCAACAGCAGCAGCAGCAACAGUAGCAAACCUGGCAACGCGCACGGCGACCUCAGCAACUGGGAUGGAAGAGAACUGUUCAUAAGUGAUUGCAAACUCGAGCCAGAAGAAGAACAUUUCAAUUUUUUGUCCCAGGAACCUGGAAGUAGUCCCUCGGACCUUUUACAGACUGUGGAGGAGGCUGUGUCACAUCAGAUGGGAAACCCGGACUUCCUCAAUCAGUCCUCACACAUACAGCUGGCAUAACCACACACACACACACACACACAUCAGUGUGGGUAAAACCUCUUUUUAAGGUAUUUUUACAGGACACUACACAAAUUGUGCUGCAAAUUGUAUCAAUACAUACUUUGUACUAUAUGUACAUACCCUGCUUUCAUCUUUUGUCUAACGUGAUCGUGUCCAGUUGCAUACACAUAUUUUGAUACUAUGGAGUAUUGAAAUCACUAUAGCCUAUACAAAACAGAAUGUAUAAAUAUGUAUGCAAGUAGCCAUACUCAUGGGAGACAAAAUAUACAAGCAAAGCUUAAGGGAAAGAUAUUCGCUUGAAGAAGUGUCAUUUUGUUGGCUUGACACACAAUGGCUGACAUCUUUCAUACUCAUGAUCAUUGUUUGCAAGAGAGUAUGAAAACUUUAGCUGUAUAUGAAGAACAAGAAAGGAAUGCUGAUUUGAGCCUGCUGUUUGUCUCAUAAUAAGUAGGCAUGACCGUGUAGACGCAUCGCUGAUCUUUUGAUUCGUUGCCAGAAAAGCUUUGUGUCGUGUCAAAUUUCUUGGGGAAUAGCUGGCAGCAAUUCCGCUACACUCAAAAAAGUUAAAGAAGUGGGGCUGUAACGUUUUCCUGUAAAGAAAAAAAA